AUGGCAAAGCAUGUGGCGAAUAAAGCAUUAUGCCAAGCUCAAGAGGACAGCAGCAUCCAAUUCAGAAUGUGUUGCAGUCAAAGAACUCAGCUUCAGUCAGCUCAGCUUCCUGUCCUAUUCAGUGCGGCAGGGGCCAAGGAAGUGAAUAAGAAGAUGCUGCGUUUACUCUUUCUGUUUUUGAUUCUUCGAGGUGCAGCUGCAACAUCAGAAGACACAGAAGGAAAUUAUUCAGGAGAUUACAUCGUUGACGAUGAAGACGGUGAUGCUCCAGUGGAGACAAGGCGUAUUCAAUAUUCAGAUCCUGGAGAAAUUCCUAAAGUAGGUCCCGGAUCAGAUAGAUCCACAGGAGAUGAUGAAGCUAAUGAAGGUGGAACAUUGAUAAUCAUCAUAGCUGCCGUUAGCGUCAUAGUUCUGGCCAUUGGAGGCAUUGUAGCUAUUUUCCUCUUCAGACGCUACUUGCAAAGCCGAGAACAAGGGGUCUACUCUGUGCCAGCAGAGCAAGGACAGAAAGCUGCUGUCUAACCAUGAGGGCCUUUUCAUUUCCUCUCUCCACUGGAUCCUUUCAGGGAUGAGCUGCAAGCAUGUGAUUUCUCAUCCGAACAUGUCUCUAUCUACAGUAUAGCGGAUCCUAUAACGUCAGUAGACGAGAAUGUGUUGCUAUCAUAAAUUUUCUAUGAACUGUUUUUAAAAGCACAAUGUAUACCGGUCAUGCACACAUGCCAUAUGUUGCACUCACAGAGAAAGUCCUUGGACUGUGGAGUACAGCUCAUUUGGGACUUUUUCCUCUCCACCUGCAAUUAUUUUGUAUUUAAAAUCAAGUUCAAACCAUUUUUGAAACUGUGCUUAAAGGUGUGUAAUAUUUUCCAUCUUUAGAUACUUUCUCCUUAAAAGUAAACUAUUCAUAGUUUUUCCCCCACAUUUCCAAAUAUAAACAAACACUGUGGCUUUGGUUUAUUUGAGCAAACAGAUGCAACAACAUUGGUUUAGCCAAUGGCAUGAGUUUGAGGCGGGACUACCUAAUUAACUAGCCAAUGGCAGACAGUGCCACAGAAAUCAUGAACUGAAUUUGAAGCAAACAUCCUCUCUAUUUCCCCUUACAGUCCUCUAAUGUUAGCCAUCCCCUAGUGCAUUUAAAGUGACAAAAUCAGGGCGGAUAAAAGAUAAAACUAGUCUCUGGCUCUCUGAUUAUUUGACAAAAGAAAGAAAGAAGCAGAGAGAGAAAAGCGAGUGGAAAAGUGGUUUUGAACACUCACUUGUCAAAUGGUGAAUUAAUCAACCGCUUUAAAUAACGAUGUUGUUUUCUUUUUCCUUUCUUUCACCGUGGCCAGCUCCUCUAAAGCAAAGCAAAUUGUAAAUAGCUCUGGGAUGCUGGGUAACAAACUUAUGUUUCAUAUAUAUACUCCUGGCUUUAAUAGGGAGACAAUCUGAUAGGUGGACGAAAUAAGGAUACAGACACACAACACAUACAGUGAGGUCCAAAAGUACACUAUGCACUGUAAAAACUGAUUUUGAAAUUCUGAAAUAAAAAUGAUUUGAGAUUCAAUACGGCUUUUCACAUUUGAAAUAGUUAACCUUGGGUCAUUCUAAACCCCAGGUAAAAGCAAUCCUUCUUCACUCAAUUAAUGUGUUUUCAGUUACCAUUAAACAUUUCUCCAUUCAAUGAAACGACUAUUCAUGUGCAGUGUUUCCAUGACGGUCCAAAGCAAGUCAAUAUGAGGCACCCGAUUGGGUGUCUUGCUAAGCAUUUAGCAUUAACAUUCUGGCACUGCAGUGCGAGAUUAACACCACAAAAGCGGUGUGAACCUACAUUUUAUAACAUUUAUAACAACAAUAAUUCCUGUGGUUAAGUGCAGUGUGAAAAGCCCUACAAUAUGUUACUUGCCGUUUCUUUUUAAUUAGGCUAUUUGUGAUAUUUACUACCAAUUUCUUAGAAGUAAAUUCUACACCAUUUUUUCAAUGCAGUAAAAAAUGCAGCAUUUUUCUAAUUUAACAACAUUAGAAACACAUUAGAAGGCACAAAUUGCAUUAUCAGUAUAACAAUACAAGUGGCAAUUUGAAGUGGAGUGUCACAAAUGUACUUACUUGAUUAGUGACCUAGAAAAAGUGCUUGGUCUUGGUAUCUUUUUUUUCCCCAACAUUUUUUAAAAGCAUAUUUUCAAAUUUUGAAUCCCAGAUUUUUAGUGUGGACUUUUGGACUCCAGUGUAUCCACAGCAUCAUCGAUUGAAACUAAGACACUAUAGCGAGCUGCUUACUUUUAUCCUCCUCUUUCUCAUCUUUUUUCUUCCAUUUUUUUAGAUUAAAAUGGAAAUCAAUCAACCCCUUUUAGCCUGAGUCUCAAGACUCAGAGCGUCUCGGCUCUUUACUCUGAAUUUACACAAAGACGGCAGGCUAGCAAACACUUUUAACACUGCUGAGACAGUUUUUUCUGUUCUUUCUUACUAUCUUGUUAAAGGGGCAGUUCACACAAAAAUGAACAUUUUGUAAUCAUUUACUCACCCCCAUGUUAUUCUAGAUCUAUAUGACUUACUUUCUUCUGUCUAACACAAAAGAUGAUAUUAGGAAGAACGUUUGGGGUCCAAAAAACAUUGACAUAGACAUAGGUGUGUAUAAAGGCAUUAGUGUGUAAUAUUAAUCAAGAUUUGCAAUAUAGCUAUUCUGGUAAAUAAUUUGCUAAAAGUGUACUUAGACAAUAACAUUUCAGAUAACUACAAUCGGAAAAAACUGAAAAAAAAAAAGUAAAAAAAAAAAAAAAAAAAAAAACAGCUCAAUUGAGUCAUUCUGAAAGCCAGUUUCACAUCAUUUUGACAUUUUCCUCCCUCUUUUGAAUAGAGGUUUUUAUAAACCGUUGAGUUUUAUUAAAUCCAACAACUUUCUCUUGGGCUUUUUGGGCAGGUUGCUUUAUGCAAUGUGAAGGGACUUUAUACUGUAAAAAUCAGCGAUGUAAUAUAACUUUUGGUUCACACAGAUUCACAUUUCAAUUCUGUUACCAGUUUCUCUUAGUGGCUGAAUUAAGAACAGAGUGGAAAAUGCAGAUGUAGAUUUUCCCUCUGAAGGUUGCGCUCAACAGUCUUUGAAGAGAAAACCAUAAGAAAUUGACAUCAGUGCUUAUUUUCUUUUAUGCUAUGCAAUGUUCUGUCAGCAAAAAUGUAUACUUAAAAUAGUUUUAUGAAAAGUAUAUUUUUCUUUUUUAAAUGUUAUCAGUAGUGUUUUUCUUUGAACUCUUUUGUAGCACCGCUUGGUUACAGUGUCACUGGAUAAAUCAUGCAUUAGUCGAUACUGUACUGCUUUAUUUUAAUACGCCAUACAUUCAUCUUUCUGACUACAUUUGACCAACAGUUUGAUAAUGUACUAAAAUACACUCCCAGUGCACAAGAAUAGAGUCUGGAGCAUUGGCAGUGUACAGCCUUGAUUCCUUAUGAUAACCGUCGCCGUAAUUAAUGGACAUUUGUGUGAUUUCUACUGAAGUUUAAAUCUUAAUGCCUGUUGCUGUAUAUAUUUUAUAAGACAACCUGUCAUCUAUUUGUUGUAUGAGACAUAUUUUAAAUAAAAGUUAUUGUUCUAAA